AUGCCAGUCGUGAUGGCCCGGGACCUGGAGGAAACAGCAUCAUCCUCAGAGGAUGAGGAGGUGGUAAGCCAGGAAGAUCAUCCGUGCAUCAUGUGGACUGGAGGCUGCAGGAGAAUUCCGGUUUUGGUAUUCCAUGCUGAGGCUAUUCUGACAAAGGACAACAAUAUUCGAGUAAUUGGAGAACGUUAUCACUUGUCUUACAAGAUUGUACGAACAGACAGUCGCCUGGUACGCAGCAUUCUGACAGCCCAUGGAUUUCAUGAAGUUCAUCCGAGCAGCACUGACUAUAACCUAAUGUGGACAGGAUCCCACCUGAAGCCCUUCUUACUUCGUACCCUCUCUGAAGCACAAAAGGUUAAUCACUUUCCCAGGUCAUAUGAACUAACCCGGAAGGACCGACUGUACAAAAACAUCAUUCGAAUGCAGCAUACACAUGGAUUCAAGGCUUUUCACAUCCUCCCCCAGACCUUCCUGCUGCCAGCUGAGUAUGCGGAAUUCUGCAAUUCAUAUUCAAAGGACCGGGGACCUUGGAUCGUAAAACCAGUGGCCUCUUCCAGGGGGCGAGGCGUCUACCUGAUCAACAAUCCAAACCAGAUUUCCCUGGAAGAGAACAUCCUGGUCUCCCGUUAUAUUAACAACCCCCUGCUCAUAGAUGAUUUCAAAUUUGAUGUGCGCCUCUAUGUGCUGGUGACUUCCUAUGACCCUCUUGUCAUCUAUCUCUAUGAAGAAGGACUAGCUAGGUUUGCAACCGUGCGAUAUGACCAAGGAGCCAAGAACAUUCGGAACCAGUUCAUGCACCUGACCAAUUACAGUGUGAAUAAGAAGAGUGGAGACUAUGUCAGUUGUGAUGACCCGGAAGUGGAGGAUUAUGGGAACAAGUGGAGCAUGAGUGCUAUGCUCCGGUAUCUGAAACAAGAAGGCAGAGACACAACUGCACUGAUGGCCCAUGUAGAGGACCUGAUCAUUAAGACUAUAAUCUCUGCUGAACUAGCUAUUGCCACAGCCUGUAAAACCUUUGUUCCUCAUCGGAGCAGUUGUUUUGAACUCUAUGGCUUUGAUGUGCUCAUAGAUUCUACCCUGAAGCCAUGGUUGUUGGAAGUGAAUCUCUCUCCUUCUUUGGCCUGUGAUGCACCUCUGGACCUAAAGAUUAAAGCCAGUAUGAUCUCAGAUAUGUUCACUGUUGUAGGGUUUGUGUGUCAAGAUCCUGCCCAGCGGACAUCAACCCGGCCAAUUUACCCCACGUUUGAGUCUUCCAGGCGAAACCCUUUCCAGAAACCUCAGCGUCCAGUAUCUGCACAGUUACAGUCAUCAACCGUCAAGCAGCGUUCCCGUCCACUCUCCGCCAGUGAUGCGGAAAUGAAAAACCUUGUGGGCUCAGCACGGGAGAAGGUGCCGGGGAAGUUAGGUGGUUCUGUGCUUGGUCUGUCAAUGGAGGAGAUCAAAGUUUUACGGAGGGUGAAGGAAGAGAAUGAUCGGAGAGGUGGAUUUAUUCGCAUAUUCCCUACAUCAGAGACAUGGGAAAUAUAUGGGUCCUACCUUGAACACAAGACCUCCAUGAACUAUAUGCUGGCAACACGUCUCUUUCAAGACAGGGGAAACCCAAGAAGAAGCUUAUUGACAGGAAGAACACGAAUGGCGAUUGAUGGAGCCCCAGAGCUGAAGGUAGAGAGCAUGAAUUCAAGGGCCAAGCUGCACGCUGCUCUCUAUGAGAGGAAGCUCCUGUCUCUGGAGGUGCGAAAACGUAGACGACGGAGUGGCAGAUCAAGGGCAAUGAGGCCAAAAUACCCAGUGAUUACCCAACCAGCUGAAAUGAAUGUUAAAACUGAGACAGAGAGUGAAGAAGAGGAAGAAGUUGCAUUAGACACUGAAGAUGAAGAACAGGAAGCUUACCAGGAGGAGUCUGCAGGGUCCCUUGGAGAAAAUCAAGCCAAAUAUACACCCUCACUGACUGUUAUGAUAGAAAAUUCACCCAAAGAAAAUGCCAUGAAGGUUCCUGAGUGGAAUAACAAAGGUGAACAAUGCUGCAAAAUUGAAACUCAGGAGCCAGAGCCUAAAUUUAACCUGAUGCAGAUCCUGCAAGAUAAUGGCAAUCUUAGCAAAGUGCAGGCCCGAAUAGCAUUCUCUGCCUAUCUCCAGCAUGUUCAAAUCCGCCUGAUGAAAGACAGUGGAGGUCAAACGUUCAGUGCCAGCUGGGCUGCCAAAGAGGAUGAACAGAUGGAGCUAGUGGUUCGUUUCCUCAAGCGAGCAUCAAGUAACCUCCAGCACUCACUGAGGAUGGUAUUACCCAGUCGGAGACUGGCACUUCUGGAACGCAGAAGAAUCCUGGCCCACCAGCUGGGUGACUUUAUCUCCGUGUACAACAAGGAAACAGAACAAAUGGCUGACAAGAAAUCAAAGAAGAAACUUGAGGAAGAAGAGGAAGAUGGGGUGAAUUCGGAAAACUUUCAGGAUUUCAUCAGACAAGCAAGUGAGGCUGAACUGGAGGAGGUGUUGACUUUUUAUACCCAAAAAAACAAGUCUGCGAGUGUCUUCCUGGGGACGCACUCAAAAAGUUCCAAAAACAGCAACAGUUUUUCUGAUAGCGGGGCAAAGGGUGAUCACCCUGAAACGAUGGAAGAAGUGAAGAUAAAGCAGCCCAAACAGCAACAGACAACAGAAAUUCACUCUGAUAAAUUAUCUCGAUUUACCACUUCAGCAGAAAAAGAGGCUAAAUUAAUCUGUACCAAUUCUUCUACUUCUUUCUCUGGUCCUGCUGCUACCCUUCUGCAGAAAAUUCCCAACACCCACUUGUCAUCUAUUGUUACCACCCCUGACCUCUCACCAGGGCCAGGCCACCAUUCUCUGUCUCAGAUCCCUCCAGCUAUCCCCAGCAUGCCUCACCAGCCAGCAAUUUUACUGAGCACAGUCCCUGACAGUGCUGCUCUCUCCAUGCAUCCUGGGACACAGAACGUACCAAGCCCCGCUGGCCUGCCACGCUGUCGAUCAGGCAGUUACACCAUUGGCCCCUUUUCCUCUUUCCAAAGUGCUGCACACAUCUAUAGCCAGAAACUGUCUCGUCCCUCUUCAGCAAAGGCAGCAGGUUCAUGCCAUCCAAACAAGCAGCAUUCAGGAGUGGCCAGAACCCAAAAGGAGGGAGAAGAUGGCUCUUCAUACAGCAAACGGUACAACCCAAGUAUGGUUACGGCCGAACUUCAGCGGCUGGCCGAGAAGCAGGCGGCCAGGCAGUAUUCUCCAUCCACUCACAUCAGCCUCCUCACCCAGCAGGUAACAAACCUGAAUUUGGCAAGCAGCGUCAUAAACAGAAGCAGUGCUUCAACUCCCCCCACACUUCGGCCUGUCAUCAGUCCCAGUGGCCCAACAUGGUCGAUACAGUCAGACCCCCAAGCUCCUGAGAGCCACUGCACCCCUCCUGGAAGCAGGAGCCUCCAGACAGGUGGCUUUGCCUGGGAGGGAGAGGUAGAGAACAACGCAUAUAGCAAGGCUACAGGGGUGGCCCCCCAGCACAAGUACCACCCCACCGCAGGCAGCUACCAACUCCAUUUUGCCCUGCAACAACUAGAACAGCAAAAACUUCAGUCCCGGCAGCUUCUGGACCAGAGUCGAGCUCGGCAUCAGGCGAUCUUUGGCAGCCAGACACUACCUAACUCCAAUUUAUGGACAAUAAAUAAUGGUGCAGCUUGCAGAAUUCCAAGCGCCACAGCCAGUGGCCAGAAGCCAACGACUCUGCCACAAAAAGUGGUGCCACCUCCAAGUUCUUCCUCCUCCCUGGUCCCCAAACCCCCAUCCAAUCACAAACAAGUCCUCAGAAAGGCAACCUCCCAAAGGGCUUCCAAGGGGGCCUCCGCAGAAGGGCAGCUGAAUGGACUCCAGAGCAGCCUCAACUCUACAGCCUUUGUGCCCAUCACCAGCUCCACAGCACCGGGUCACCAGGCAGGAGAAGGGAUGGAAGCAGCUCUCGACCAGAAUUAUGGCAGAUGUAAGGGACAACAGGCCAAUCUCAAGAUCCCAUUCACACUAAAAGAUGAAGCACAGACCCGCGGAGGAGGAACCUGCUCACUGCUCCACCACCCCUGGGUGCCUGACUCCAGUGAAGCACUCACCAGUGCUGCAAGGGGUCCAGAGUAUUUUUUUGCUGCUUCAGUCCCCAAUGCCUUCCAGCAGAAGUGGCACUAGACUGUUGCCCAUCAGCCAGUGCAGGCUUGUCCUGAGACGACAGGGAAACGUAUCAGCUGGGUUUCGAUGGGACUUGGCAGCAGGGACCUUCAGCGGAUGCGAUAUAUACCCCAUCUGAGCACACGCGUGUCUUUUCCUUUCCCCCUCCCUUCCCCCACCUGCUUAGGUCUUCUCUGCCCCUCUCCUGCUACCACACAGAUGAUAUAAAAGAGGCUCUUUGGCUAUUUGCAUUUUGCUUCCUCUUCUUUUCCAGACUUUGCAGUAUUAAGCUUUACCUCCUACAAACCUAUAAUCCCAAUGACGUUAUAUACCAAAGCUGUUCUUCCCUUUCCGGAGGGUUUGGGAGAAAGGGGGGCUUGCAUCACAAG